GUCCAUGGUCCACCCCAUCCCCAUCCCCAUCCCCAUCCCUUCCCAGCGUCGGUCAGACUUCAGCGCCCCUCCUCCUCAUGGUGACUACGGAGCACCUCACGGACGAGCGACACUUGGGAACAUACGUGCCUGUGGCCAACCGCCCUGCUCAUGCUUGAUCUCGUGGCCAUCCGUGUCACGGCUAGCAUGCGAGGGCAGGGUAGGCGGUAGAGAUCCAUUGAUGGUGGUGGUGGCUGAUGGGGACGACCAAGGCGGUGAAGCUCAGCGACGGCCGCAACUGGCGGGAGGGGCGCGGGCGGAAAGAGCUCUCCGCGGUACAGAUGGCGGUCGAGAGGAACAGAGGAUACAAGGUUGGCGGAGACCUGAGCCCAGGGAGCAUGAUCAAAGCAGCGACAAGGGGCACGACCUGAGUAGCGACCUGGCGCGUGGGGAAGAGCCUCUCCGUCUCCUACCUGUACACCAGGCUGCGCUCAUCCUACUCCUGCUCUGGCUGCCAGCAGGGUUUUCAUAUACGGAGUGAUUAUGCCAAAGCUGCCGCAGCCACCGGAUGCCUCGUAGGAGAAGGUCGGACAGAAGCUGAGAUGUUCCUAAUCUCCCAUCUAGCAGUUUGAUUGCUGAUGUGUUUGAUGUUGAGGUGUCAGUUCUGGAAGCAGAGGUAAUGGAAUUUGCAUUUUAUUUCCAGAAAUGCCUACGGAGAUUGGAAUUUCAAGGAUGAAGAUACUGAUUUAUGCCAUCUUUCUGCUUCAAGAAUACAUUCUAUGUGCUCUCUUCCUUUCACUUCAGACUUACGAAUGUUUAGCCUGCUACGAAACUCAUGUGUUCGGCCUAAAGAGUUACAAAUUUAUCCGUGAUGGCCACAUGCACUAAUGCCUGAUGCAGUCUUGCGGGGAACAUUCAGCUAGCAGCGGCAUUUUCUCUGGCAGUGACAUGAUCAAUCCAUUGGUAGAUGAUAAUUACCUCAGGUGAUUCGAUAAUCUGUCUGUAGUUAUUUAUGGAUGAUUAGUUGUCAAUCGCUACAUUACAUGCACAUAGAGGCCUCAUAGAUAUAAUUUCUCUGUACCGAUGGUUGCUGGACUAAUAUUUCCUCAAAGCAGUAGUAUUAUCCAUCACAUCUUCCUUCUUCUCAUCACACUUGACGUGGUUAACAGCUUCAUUUGACUAAAAGAAUUUGACUCUUCCUAGCAGGCGAAAUUACUCCGAAGUGCUCGCAGAUUACCUACACUGAAAAAUAAUUUCUUGCUCAGCGCCGACGAUUUAUUCCAGCCAACGGAGUUAAAGAUCAUAUUUAUGCAACUUACUUGACACUCCCUCCGGUUGCUUUU